AUGGCUGAAAUACAUGCUGGUGGCAAACGAGGAAAGACCUCUGGUGAACAUGGAGUUCCAUGGGGCUUGCUCGUUGUUCUCCUUGUGCUGUUGGGCUUGUGCUACCAGCUCCUCCAGCAGGAGGCAACGAGAAAGGAGGUGACCGUCCUCUUGGCAGGACUUCGAACUUCCAUCUUUGGCGCGGCUGAAUCUCGAAGCGCGCUGCCGCAGGGACCUCCGGAACUUCCAAGAGAUGUACAAGUCCUAGUUUUCUUCGUGUUGGCCAUCUUCAUCAUGAACUGGUCUGUGCGGAUAGUGCUGGUCGAGCCACUGGCUCGGCUGGUGGUGGGCGUUCGUGGGGACGUGUUGGUGAAGUUCUCGCAGUCGGUCCUGGAGGCCCUGAUCUACGGGACCUUCUCUCUUAUCGGCAUCUCCAUUGUUCCGGCUCAGCCUUGGUCUUGGCCGUCGGCAAACUGGUGGCGAGGCUUUGACAGCGGCGAGCACUUGGUGAUGCGGUCUGACCUGCGCUGCUUCUACAUCCUGUAUGGGGCACGCUACAUCCAGGCGGCCGUCACAGUGCUGCUGGAACCCAAGAGAAAAGAUUUCCUCGAGAUGAUGGUGCACCACGUCGUCACCAUCGGUGUGGUGUAUGUGUCAUACCUCGGUGGCUACAACCGCGUUGGUGUAGUGGUCAUGGUUUUGCUGGACCCAGCUGACGUGCCACUUCAUCUUGCGAAGCUUGGGCUCUUCACGACUGCCGCAAAGUCCCAAACCCUAUACCCUAGACCAUCCUAG